AUGUGCUGCAAGGAUGCUGAAAGCAUUUGGAAAGCUCCAGAGCAAGCUGAAGCGAUCCGUCGCAAGGUUCAGGAGCUCACAAAGUCCAAGAUGCCGCCUCCUCUGACACUCGAGACCAGCAACGAGCCUGCAGUUUCCGUGGUCUCCUUGGAGACCAAGCAGGUGCUUUGCUCUGCUGCAAGCACAGCGGAGCUUCUUACCAUCCUCAGCGCAGCAAGUACAAGUGCAACGCAGGCUCCUCCUACCAACGGCCAUGUGAAACUGCCCAAGGGGCACUUAGCAGUGGUAGCUGGAUGCAAUGGUGAUAUUUGGGAGGUAGCAAUUCAAGCAGGAAGGUUGAGAGAGAAGAUCAAGGAGCUGUCAGGGAUGACGAGCUUACCACCAUUGGUGAUGGACCGUGAGAAAAAUGACGUGUCCAUUGUGAAGAUGGGCAAGGUGAAAGUCCCACCACGGAAGCGCCGGGUUUCAGUCACUUUCGAGAGCCGUCCCUUUGGGAUGACACCUGCGAAAGAUGAAGGUGGCGGUACGUUGGGGUAUGUGGUCGACAAGGUGAACCACAAUGACCCAUCCAAGCCUGCAGCACGUCUCGGGGUGAAGCCUGGCUGGGUAGUGGUGUUCGUUGCGGGCGAGGAUGUGCAGGGAAGAUCUCUGGAUGAUGUCCAGCAGCUCACCAAACAGGCUGCCUUACCCGUCACCAUUGACUUUGAGGUGCCAGUGGUUGUGAAGGAAAAGCAGGAGGCUUCUGACAAAAAUCGGAGCAAGUCAGCACCUCAACAACCUCGCCCUCCACCACAGCCAACUCGUGAGUCGAGAGAGCGUACCGAAACUCAACGUUUGCAGGCGCUUCUGAGGACCCUAGACUCCGAGGAAAAGUUGCCUGCCACCGUCUUCAUUUUCUCUCGCCGCAGAGUGGAAGCGCUGGCUGCAGAGAUGCCAAACCUGGACGUGUGCACCAACGAGGAGAGAUCGAAGGUUCACCUUUUCUUAAAGAAAGCCUUCGAGCGACUCUCUGAGGCCGACAAGAUGUUGCCGCAGGUGUGCAAGGUGGAAGAGUUGGCUCGUCGAGGUGUUGGUAUCCACCAUGGCGGGAUGCUUCCAGUGGUGAAGGAGGCAGUUGAGAUCAUGUUCUCCCGAGGGCUUGUGAAGAUCCUGUUGGCCACGGAAACCUUCGCCAUGGGUGUGAACAUGCCGGCCCGAAGUGUCAUCUUCACAGCAUGGAUGAAACACGAUGGCAACCAACGACGUCCGCUUCUUCCUUCAGAGUACACGCAAAUGGCGGGCCGUGCUGGCCGGCGAGGCCUUGACACGGAAGGCCACGUGUACAUCCUGUGUGGCGACGAACCACCAGACACGAAGCAAAUUAUGCGGAUGAUGACCAGCAAGGGCGAGCCUUUGUUCUCGCGCUUUCGGGUCACCUUCGCCAUGAUCCUGCAGAUGAAACGGUUCUCCCAAAGUGGAGUACAAGUUGAAGAUCUCUUGGGCAAGUCUUUCUUAGAAAACGCCCGAGCACGGCGCAGGCCUCGCGCGCACCAAGAUCGGCGACAUCGAAAUGAACAGCUGCAGGCCCUGCCGACUUUGGAAUGCAUCUAUGGGGAGCCUGACAUGGAGGACUAUGCCUACAGGGAAUUGGAAAGCCACAAAGUUGGAGUAGAGAUCCAUGCGAGGCUUUUCUCUAAAUCCCGCGAGCGCGUUUUUUGCCCCGGGUGCCAAACUUAG